AUGCAAUUUGAGACAUUGCGCCAGGUCUGCAAUUCUGUCUUAUCUCAUUUUCAUGGGGUUUUCUCAUCCCCACCAAAUAUUUUACAAAAUGAGCUUUUUGGACAAACGCUGAACAAUGCAAGGACACGAAGUCCCUCAGUAUCCAGAGAUCAGAAUAGAAGAUACGACCAAAGAGAAGAAAGAGAAGAAUAUUCACAAUAUGCUACUUCAGAUAACGCCAUGCCUAGAUCUCCAUCAGAUUAUGCUGAUAGGAGGUCUCAGCGUGAACCUCAGUUUUACGAAGAGUCUGACCAUAUAAAUUACAGGGACUCCAACAGGAGAAGUCAUAGGCAUUCCAAAGAAUAUAUCGUAGAUGAUGAGGAUGUGGAGAGCAGAGAUGAAUAUGAAAGGCAAAGGAGAGAGGAGGAGUACCAGGCGCGCUAUCGAAGCGAUCCGAAUUUGGCCCGGUAUCCAGUAAAGCCACAGCCCUACGAAGAACAAAUGCGUAUUCAUGCUGAAGUGUCCCGAGCGAGGCAUGAGAGAAGGCAUAGUGAUGUCUCUCUGGCAAAUGCUGAACUGGAAGAUUCUAGGAUUUCUAUGCUGAGGAUGGAAAGACCAUCAAGGCAGAGAUCUAUAUCUGAACGUAGAGCUGCCAUGGAAAAUCAGCGAUCUUACUCAAUGGAAAGAACUCGAGAGGCUCAGGGACCAAGUUCUUAUCCACAAAGGACCACAAACCAUAGUCCUCCCACCCCGCGGAGGAGUCCAAUACCCAUUGAUAGACCAGACAUGAGACGUACUGACUCACUACGGAAACAGCACCACUUAGAUCCUAGCUCUGCUGUGAGGAAAACAAAACGGGAAAAGAUGGAAACAAUGUUAAGGAACGAUUCUCUCAGUUCUGACCAGUCGGAGUCCGUGCGACCUCCACCACCAAAGCCUCAUAAAUCAAAGAAAGGAGGUAAAAUGCGCCAGGUUUCAUUGAGCAGUUCAGAGGAGGAAUUAGCUUCCACGCCUGAAUACACCAGUUGUGAUGAUGUGGAGAUUGAAAGUGAGAGUGUAAGUGAGAAAGGAGACAUGGAUUACAACUGGUUGGACCAUACGUCUUGGCAUAGCAGUGAGGCAUCCCCAAUGUCUUUGCACCCUGUGACGUGGCAGCCAUCUAAAGAUGGAGAUCGUUUAAUUGGUCGUAUUUUGUUAAAUAAGCGUCUAAAAGAUGGAAGCGUACCUCGAGAUUCAGGAGCAAUGCUUGGCUUGAAGGUUGUAGGAGGAAAGAUGACUGAAUCAGGUCGGCUUUGUGCAUUUAUUACCAAAGUAAAAAAAGGAAGUUUAGCUGAUACUGUAGGACAUCUUAGACCAGGUGAUGAAGUAUUAGAAUGGAAUGGAAGGUUCUUGCAAGGAGCCACAUUUGAAGAAGUAUAUAACAUCAUUCUGGAGUCCAAACCUGAACCACAAGUGGAGCUUGUUGUUUCAAGACCUAUUGGAGAUAUCCCUAGAAUACCUGAUACCACACAUGCGCAACUGGAGUCUAGUUCCAGCUCAUUCGAAUCUCAAAAAAUGGAUCGCCCUUCUAUUUCCGUUACCUCUCCCAUGAGUCCCGGCAUGUUGAGGGAUGUUCCACAGUACUUGUCUGGACAACUUUCAAGCCAAAGCCUUAGUAGAAGAACAACGCCUUUUGUUCCUAGGGUUCAGAUAAAACUAUGGUUUGACAAGGUUGGUCACCAAUUAAUAGUUACAAUUUUGGGAGCAAAGGAUCUCCCUUCCAGGGAAGAUGGGAGGCCAAGGAAUCCUUAUGUUAAAAUUUACUUUCUUCCAGACAGAAGUGAUAAAAACAAGAGAAGAACUAAAACAGUAAAGAAAACAUUGGAACCCAAAUGGAACCAAACAUUCAUUUAUUCCCCAGUCCAUCGAAGAGAAUUUAGGGAACGGAUGCUAGAGAUCACGCUCUGGGAUCAAGCUCGAGUUCGAGAGGAAGAAAGUGAAUUCUUAGGAGAGAUUUUAAUUGAAUUAGAAACAGCAUUAUUAGAUGAUGAGCCACAUUGGUACAAACUCCAGACCCAUGAUGUUUCUUCAUUACCACUUCCCCACCCUUCUCCGUAUAUGCCACGACGACAACUCCAUGGAGAGAGCCCAACAAGGAGAUUGCAAAGGUCAAAAAGAAUAAGUGAUAGUGAAGUGUCUGACUAUGACUGUGAUGAUGGAAUUGGUAUAGUAUCAGAUUAUCGACACAAUGGUCGAGAUCUUCAAAGCUCAACAUUAUCAGUGCCAGAACAAGUAAUGUCAUCAAACCAUUGCUCACCAACAGGAUCUCCUCACCGAGUAGAUGUUAUAGGAAGGACUAGGUCAUGGUCACCUAGUGUCCCUCCUCCACAAAGUCGGAAUGUGGAACAGGGACUUCGAGGAACACGGUCUGCUGCUGGACAUUAUAAUACAAUUAGCCGAAUGGAUAGACAUCGUGUGAUGGAUGACCAUUAUUCUCCAGAUAGAGACAGUCAGUUUCUUACUCUACCUCGCUCCAGAUACAGUCAGACCAUUGAACACCAUCACAGGGAUGGCAGGGAUUGUGAAGCAGCAGAUAGACAGCCAUAUCACAGAUCCAGACCAACAGAACAACGGCCUCUCCUAGAGCGGACCACCGCCCGCUCCAGAUCCACUGAGCGUCCUGAUACAAACCUCAUGAGGUCGAUGCCUUCAUUAAUGACUGGAAGAUCUGCCCCUCCUUCACCUGCCUUAUCGAGGUCUCAUCCUCGUACUGGGUCUGUCCAAACAAGCCCGUCCAGUACUCCAGUAGCAGGACGAAGGGGCCGACAACUUCCUCAACUUCCACCAAAGGGGACACUGGAGAGAAUGAUCACAGAAGAAGUGGACUCCACAAGGAGAAGACAUACAGGUGCUAUGGAUAUAGACGAGAGAAAUCGCCAAAUGAAAAUUAACAAAUACAAACAGGUAGCCGGAUCAGACCCCAGACUGGAGCAAGAUUACCAUUCAAAGUACCGAUCAGGAUGGGAUCCUCAUAGAGGGGCAGAUAAUAUUUCCACUAAAUCUUCGGACAGUGAUGUAAGUGAUAUAUCCGCGGUUUCCAGGACUAGUAGUGCUUCUCGUUUCAGUAGCACAAGCUACAUGUCCGUCCAAUCAGAACGGCCAAGAGGAAACAAGAAAAUCAGUGUCUUUACAUCCAAAAUGCAAAGCAGACAAGUGGGCAUCUCAGGGAAGAACAUGACCAAAAGCACCAGCAUCAGCGGAGACAUGUGCUCGCUGGAGAAGAACGACGGCAGCCAGUCUGACACCGCAGUGGGUGCCCUGGGCACCAGCGGCAAAAAGCGGCGCUCUAGCAUUGGGGCCAAAAUGGUAGCUAUUGUUGGCCUCUCCAGGAAGAGUCGCAGUGCUUCUCAGCUCAGCCAAACGGAAGCCGGCGGUAAAAAGCUCCGGAGCACCGUCCAGCGAAGUACAGAGACGGGCCUGGCUGUGGAAAUGAGGAACUGGAUGACUCGGCAGGCGAGCCGAGAAUCUACGGACGGCAGCAUGAACAGCUAUAGCUCAGAAGGAAAUCUGAUCUUCCCUGGCGUCCGCCUGGCCUCCGAUAGCCAAUUCAGUGAUUUUCUGGAUGGCCUUGGCCCUGCCCAGCUAGUGGGGCGUCAGACUCUGGCUACACCUGCAAUGGGUGACAUUCAGGUAGGAAUGAUGGACAAAAAGGGACAAUUGGAGGUGGAAAUCAUUCGGGCUCGUGGCCUUGUUGUAAAACCAGGUUCCAAGACACUGCCAGCACCAUAUGUAAAGGUGUAUCUGUUAGAUAAUGGAGUCUGCAUAGCCAAAAAGAAAACAAAGGUGGCAAGAAAAACGCUGGAACCCCUUUACCAGCAGCUAUUAUCUUUUGAAGAAAGUCCCCAAGGGAAGGUUUUACAGAUCAUUGUCUGGGGAGAUUAUGGCCGCAUGGAUCACAAAUCCUUUAUGGGAGUGGCCCAGAUACUUUUAGAUGAACUGGAGCUAUCCAAUAUGGUGAUUGGAUGGUUCAAACUUUUCCCUCCUUCCUCCCUAGUAGAUCCAACCUUGGCCCCUCUGACAAGAAGAGCUUCCCAAUCAUCUCUGGAAAGUUCAACCGGACCUUCUUACUCUCGUUCAUAG